UAAUUUAUCAACAGUCGCAAGCAAUCAGUAUAUUAAUUCAUCUCGUAGGUGAAGAUCUCGAACAAUGUUGUUCAUAUUAAUUUGUGUAGUGUUCUUGUUCUUAUUGUCUUGGUUUUUGGUGAAAUGGAACCGAGUGAGGAAAUUUUGGCGGGACAGGAAAGUUCCCCAUAACCCCCCACAUUUUAUAAUGGGAAGUCUCACGUUUUUGCAACGUCAAAACCCUGCAGUUUGGAUGAAACAAGUGUACAAUGAGUUCAAGUCCCCUUACGUCGGCAUGUGGGUAUUCUGGAGACAAGCUCUCGUGAUCAACUGUCCGGACAUAGCGAGGAGAGUACUGGUGAAGGACCAUGAUAUCUUCAGGAACAGAUUCCUGAGUUCUGGCAAAACUGAUCCUAUUGGUGCACUUAAUAUAUUCACUGUAAAUGAUCCUCUUUGGUCAUUUUUAAGGCGACGAUUAACGACAUUAUUCACAGCAGCGAAGUUGCGAAGUCUACACGGUCUUCUGACGACGAAAUGCAACGACUUAGUCAUGAGGAUUAAAGAGGACAUGUAUAAUGAAGAUACUAUUAAUUUAAGGACUCUUUGCUCAGACUUCACAACGGACGUGAUAGGCGAAGCUGCAUUCGGUGUGACCAGUGAAACUGUGAAAACUGGUGACAGUCUGAUGAGGCGUAUCACAAAGGAGUUCGCUAGUUUCGACCUUCACAGAGGCUUGUGUUGGUCUAGUAUUUUCUUUUACCCUGAGUUGGUUGAUGUGUUUAGGUUUUCACUGUUUCCCAAAGACACAGUGGAAGUGCUGCGGCAUAUAUUCCGUACGAUAAUAGAACAGAGAGGAGGUUACGAAAAAGAGGUAAAGGAGUGUAGAGACCUCCUUGAUGCUCUGUUAAAGUUAAAGCAAGAGGCAGCUGCAGACAAUGAAGAAAUCAGUGAAGAUCUUCUACUUGCGCAAGCCGCCAUCUUUCUUCUCGGUGGCUUUGACACUUCUGGCGUGACUCUUACGUGGACGCUAUAUGAACUAGCAUGGAAUCCUUCUUGUCAGGAGAAACUGUAUCAGGAGCUAGUAGAUGCAAAACAAAAAAAUGAUGGCGUGGAUCUAGACCCGACAGCACUCGCUGAUCUGACAUACAUCAACUGCGUUAUCAAAGAGGCUCUUCGAAAAUUCCCAUCAAUGGGCUGGCUGGACCGCAUAGCAUCGCAAGACUACCAGAUCCACGAUCAGCUGACAAUUCCUAAGGGGACAGUGGUCUACGUGAACGCUGUGGGCAUGCAGCAAGAUGAGAAACAUUUUCCAGAACCUCAAUUAUACAAGCCUGAUAGAUUUCUCCCGGAGAAUGAGAGGAAGAUCAACCCUUAUACUUUCAUGCCGUUCGGGGAGGGACCUCGAGGAUGUAUCGGUAAACGCUUCGGCUACCAAACCGUGCGAUGUGGCUUGGCUUCGAUCAUCAUGAACUACGAACUAAGAGCCCUUCCGAACACGCCGAAACCCAACGACUGUCAUAUCGAGAGGAAUGGACUAUUUCUUGGACCAGACGAGAAGUUAUCUGUACAGUUUAUUAAACGUUAAUGUGGUUUAGGUAUUAAUUAUUAACCAUGGUUCAUUAUAAGUCGAUUGAGUUUUCUUUGUCUGUAAUGGUGUGGUGUUAAGUACCGCGUGCAUAUUCAUGUCAUGGGAUAAGUUCUAUAGACUCAAAAAGAAGAAGAAGAGAAACUAGAACUGCAUUUGUUUUGUCUUGGUUCUGAAUUUUAAUUAAAUUUGAGAUUCUUUUUAAUUGUAAUUGAACUAGGCCUUUUCAAAAACUUACAUGACCAAAAAAUAUUUUCAUGCGAGAUUCCACUUAUGGAACCCCAAAAACAGUACAGUUUAUCUUAGACACAUUAAUUACCAUUUUAUAACUGAAAACUAAACAAAAUCAUAAUUUAUCUAAACAUCGUCCACAAUAACAAACUGCUUAAUGCGCA